UUCUUCCGGGUCCUGGGCUCGAGUCACCAAGCAACACGCAAAGUGCAAGGUGGUCCCGCGGCGAUGCACUUAUGCGCUAUGCGACAAUGAAGAAAAAGUGAAAAAACUUGUGGGAAAAUAAAUUUUCGACCGAUCGUUACCGUCGAAUCCGUCGCCGAUCGCGCGGAAAUAUUCGUAAUUCUCGAUUUUCCAGCGGAAGAGUACCUGAAAACUCGUUGCCAUACGAAAUCUUGUCAUGGAUGUGUCCGCGUUCUUCGAGGAUACUUUCGACGUUAAAGAUUGGAUCAACAAAACAUUCAAGACCGCCGAGGCAGAGGAAAACAAAGAUGCAUUCGUUUCAUCCUUGGUAAUGAAGUUGCAAUUAUAUGUGCAACAAGUUAAUGGAGCUUUAGAGGAGACUAGUCAAUCUGUUCUUUCGAGUCUGCCAAGGGUUCUAAGGGAUACACAGCUUUUGCAGCAAGAAGCUUUAGCUUUGAGAGAAAAAAUGGUUGCUGUUAAAGAAGAAAUUGAAAAGGUAGAGAAAGACACAGCAUCGUCUAUGGCAACCUUAGAAAGAAUAGAUAGGAUAAAAACAGACUUGGAAGUUGCUAAGCAGGGUUUACACGAGGCUGACAAUUGGAGUGUCUUAGCCAAUGAUGUUGAGGAGGUAUUCGAGUCAGGAGAUGUAGAAGUUAUUGCAAAUAAAUUAUUUAGUAUGCAGAAGUCACUGGCAAUGCUUGUAAAUGUUGUUGAUUAUGAAGACAAAAAGUUACAAUUAGAAGGUUUAAAAAAUCGAUUAGAAGCAAUGGCUAGUCCAAAAUUGGUUCAAGCAUUUACUGCUGCAAAUUUGGAACAAUCCAAAGUUUAUGUGGAUAUUUUUAGUAAAAUGGAACGUCUACCACAACUUCUUAAGUAUUAUCAUAAUUGUUUGAAAGUAUCGUUAGCGCAAGAAUGGCGCAGAACUAUCGAAUUGGCACAGGAUGAAAAUGCAACGUACUGGCUACACAAUUACUACGAUAAACUACUAUCUAGUUGGCACGAUCAGGUUAAGUGGUGUCAUCAAGUAUUUCCAAAUACUUCGAUCGAUGUUCUAAUCGAAGUAUACGCCGAUCUUCUGAGAAAUUUAGAUCCAGGCAUUCCAGAAUGCAUAGAAGCAGUUUUAAAGCAACAUUCGACUGCUAUGCAGCUCUCUCAAUUGCUCGAACUUAAACAAAUUACAAGACACUUCGCGGUAAAUCUCAGCGGUGCGAUCGAGGCAUCGUCGCAUGGAAAAUUGGAAAAUCAAAAAUUACUGUUGCUAGCGCAAGCGAUAUAUGCACCUUAUGUACCGUAUGUCACGAAAUAUAAUGUUUACGAAUCUGCACAACUGGAACAUCGGCUUCAGUCUAUAGAUCGUACACAAGACGAUUUAAGCGAAACGAUUAAUGUUCUUUCUCUCACUAUUUCGAGAGUAAUGGAAUAUGCAAGCGAGGCUAAUAAAAGAUGCAAAAUUUUUACGGACGGUUGUGGGUAUCCUGGUUUAUUAAAAUCAUUGAAUAAUUAUUUUAACAAAUAUCUUGAAAAAUAUCAAGCUGCUGUGAGGCAAUUAGAACGCAAAAAAGUAAAACACGAGGAUUGGAAUCUAUUUCAAAUGUGUCUCACUUUUAUGCAAACUAUAGGCGAUCUUUUGGGCCAAGUUCAACAGUUCGAAAAGUCCUUAGUAAUCGAUAUAACCGAAGCUAACAACAAACUGCAAAGUGCAACAAGUAGUGUCUUCAAUCAGUACAAAAAGUUACUUUUAAAUCCAUCGAGUCAAACUGAACUAGAGAACCUUGUUGCAUCUUUUCAAAAAGAGGAAAAAACUAUUCUUGAUUCAAUAAUAAAGUCCAUACAUAAACUCUGCUCAGAUUUGCAUCAUGCUACGUACGAAGUGAUUUUUGCUCCUAUUUUUACUCAAUUGUUACUAGUACAAAAGGCACCUGCAUGGUCAACAGAAUUUAAUAAAAUGACUCAUCUAAGCGCAGAUUUACCUGAUUAUAGUUUUGCACCUCAGGAAUAUAUAACUCAGGUUGGACAAUAUUUGAUGACAUUGCCACAGCAUUUAGAACCAUUCCUGCUAAGAGAAAAUCCAAGUUUAACUCAAGCAUUAAAAGCAGCAGAUCCACAAUACGCACAGGGUUUAACCGAAUCUGGAUUCACUGGUAUUUUGUUAGAUAUUAUUGCUAAAGGGAUGUGUCAAAUGUUUCUAGAUCAAACUUUAGGAAUUUGUCACUUGAGCUCUGCUGCAUGUAAACAACUUGCUACUGACAUAGAUUACCUUGGUAAUGUGUUAGAAGAACUUGGUCUCUCCUUGUCAGAAAAUCUACAACACAUGUCUCUCUUACUGAGAUUAUCACCGGAAGAUUAUCAAAGCGGCAGCUCCGGAUGUAAUGCCAGGGUUGUAGCUGCUGUUAGACAGAUGCGACAUAUAACAUCUUCUGGUUGACCAUACCAAAGGAUGGGCAACCAAGAUGCAGAUCGUAUAAAUGUACACCAAAUACCUGUUGCGGUAACUAUAAUUCAGUGAUUUAUUCAUACAAUCUUUUGUAUAAAAGAUUAAUACAUAAACAAAAGUCUACAUAUUUCGUGUAUAAAGAAUUAUAAUACCUCAGUAUAAACAAAAUAUAUAUUUAUAUGAUUUUAGAAACCAUCGUUAAAUUUUUAUUUUACCAGUUACCUGUAAUAGCCCGACGCGGGUGCUAAUUCUAAUAGAUUUGUACUCUUUGUUUUCAUAGAAAAAUAUUCUUUCAUCUUAAGUAAAAACAUAUACUUAAAUACUCCUUCCUUUAAUGCGCGAAAGAUUUAAUUACGUAAAAUAUUUCUAUUAUCAAUUGCAAACACUUUAUAUUAGAAAUAUACUUCUUGUUAAAGAAAUAAUAAGUAU